UUUGUCGCUGUGAAAGGAUUUCGAGGCGCGGGCCUUUGUUGCCAUGACAGCCCGGAGGGAGACGGGAUUCGGUUGCUAUGAUAGCCGCGGGGAGGCGGCGCUUCGUUGCUAUCACGGCAAUAGCAGGCGGUUGGGCUUCUUGGAGUUGGAAGCUAAGCGGGAAGAAGCGACAAAAUGAUGCUGUCACGUGCAAAACCUGCUGUUGGUGGGGAAACGCUGCAGAUGGAUAAAAAGAAGAAAAAGGGGAAAAAGAUUCCAAAGCUGGAGGAAUAUCUGGCCAGUAGAGACUACUCAGGGGCCCUGACAUUGCUGGAGUUCAAGCGGCAUGUGGGGGAGAAUGAAGAAGACGUUGACUUGUGGAUGGGAUACUGUGCAUUCCACCUUGGAGAUUAUAGGAGGGCCAUGGAGGAAUAUGAAGCCCUGACAAAGAAUGAAGACUGUCACCCUGAUGUUUGGGUGAACCUAGCAUGUACUUACUUCUUUCUGGGGAUGUACAAAGAGGCAGAGGAGGCAGCAAUGAAAGCUCCUAAAAGUCGAUUGCAGAAUCGCCUAUUGUUUCACCUGGCUCACAAGUUCAGUGACGAGAAGCGGUUGAUGAACUACCACCAGAAUCUACAGGACAUCACUGAAGAUCAACUCAGUCUAGCUUCAAUCCACUACAUGCGUUCCCAUUACCAGGAGGCUAUUGAUAUCUACAAACGCAUUUUACUUGACAAUCGGGAGUUCAUGGCCUUAAAUGUUUAUGUAGCACUCUGCUACUACAAACUGGAUUACUAUGAUGUUUCCCAGGAAGUUCUGGCGGUCUAUCUGCAGCAUUACCCUGACAGCACAAUCGCACUGAACCUGAAAGCCUGCAAUCACUUCCGACUCUACAAUGGCAAGGCAGCAGAGGCAGAACUAAAAAAUUUAAUGGACAUUGCUUCCCCUGUAUUUGAUUUUGCAAAGGAGCUCAUUAGGCACAACUUGGUGGUAUUCCGUGGUGGGGAUGGAUCUCUGCAGGUCCUCCCACCACUUAUUGAUGUCAUCCCUGAAGCCAGGCUCAACCUCGUUAUUUACUACCUCCGGCAAGAUGAUGUACAGGAGGCCUAUAAUCUUAUCAAAGACCUGGAGCCAACAACUCCUCAAGAGUACAUCCUGAAAGGUGUGGUGAAUGCGGCUCUUGGUCAGGAACAGGGUUCGAGGGAGCACCUGAAGAUUGCACAACAAUAUUUCCAGCUGGUCGGAGGCUCUGCCAGUGAAUGUGAUACCAUCCCUGGACGUCAGUGUAUGGCCUCCUGUUUUUUUCUACUGAAGCAGUUUGAGGAUGUUUUGAUCUAUUUAAACUCUGUCAAGAGUUACUUCUAUAAUGAUGACCUCUUUAACUUCAACUAUGCACAGGCAAAAGCAGCUGUUGGCAACUUCAAAGAGGCUGAGGAGGUUUUUCAGCUGAUUCAGAGUGAGAAGCUGAAGAAUGACUACAUUUACCUCAGCUGGCUGGCCCGUUGCUAUAUCAUGAACAAGAAGCCCCGCCUGGCAUGGGAGCUUUAUUUGAAGAUGGAGACAUCAGGAGAAUCCUUCAGUCUAUUGCAGCUCUUGGCUAAUGACUGCUACAAGAUGGGACAGUUCUACUAUGCUGCAAAAGCUUUUGAUGUGCUUGAGCGCCUGGAUCCAAAUCCGGAGUACUGGGAAGGAAAACGUGGAGCGUGUGUUGGGAUUUUUCAAAUGAUUUUAGCGGGCCGGGAACCAAAGGACACCAUGAGAGAAGUUCUCCACCUCCUUCGGAAUACUGGGAAUCCUCAGGUGGAAUACAUAAUCCGAACCUUAAAGAAAUGGGCCAAAGACAAUCGGGUAUCUGUUUAAAGGCUCAGAGCAAAAGGACCAAAAAAUGGAGUGUGGGCCAGAAGGAACUGCUGCCUUUUUCAUGGUGGGCUCUGUUUCUCUCACUGACGUGUGAGUAGUUAUUGCACAGCCCCAACACACAGCUGUCAGGAUGUGCAGUGAUGCAAUGCAGCAUUCCAUGGAAGAUGCCUACUGCUCUCUGACUGAUUGCAGUUAACGAUCUACCAAAAUUAAAACCGCGUGUUUAAUGCACUUUCAAUUCCCUUUGUGACUUUGCUGCUCUCGGUGAAUAAAGACUUUUUCGAGAGCUUCUUUGUCUGCAUGUUGAAUUAUACAGGUAUCUACUGCCUACUGACCACUAUUAUUAUAUUAUUCUCUGCAUCCAGUUAUCUGAACAGGACACAGGACAAAAGUGGCUUCAUAAAUUACAAAAUCCCCUUAAACUUCUGUUGCGGAAGCUACACUUCACAUGAGUAUGCAAUAGUAACAAUCAAAGAAAAUAACUGCAGUUUCAAAUGACCUAUUGCUCUGCUGUCCUGCAACUUUUGUCACAAAACUGCUUGCUUCUUUGUUUAUUUGGUUGGGUUUAAGCUCACAUGAUGAGUAAAUCUAUGGAUUAAUAGCAAACAUGCCCCAACAACGAUCCCAUCAUAUGGAAACCAGAUAUAGUUUACCCACAUGUAGAAUUCCUGCCAGGAGCAGUGCUAGGCAGUGGUGAUGGUUUCUCUCCCCUCCCCCCAGUCCAGAAAGAAUAAAGUGUCAGGCAAUUUUAUUCCUGAUGAAGGGCUUUUGCCCAAAACGUUGAUUUUGCUGCUUCUUGGAAGCUGCCUGAACUGCUGUGCUCUUCCAGCACCACUGAUCCAGAAUCUGGUUUCCAGCAUCUGCAGUCAUUGUUUUUAACACAUGCUGUAGGCAGACUUCCAGUUAGAGAGCAGCAGCAGAAGCCAGACAAAGGAGCAGGUUGACACUCAGAACUGUGGAAUAAGGAAUGCAGUGAGGGAGCAUGUCAAGGCAGCACAUUUCAAUUUGCUAACCUGUGUCCCACACUGGAGAGUGUGUACAAUUUUAUCAGAUGUAAAUUGAUCAGGCUCAACUGUGAUGCCCCACUCCUUGGUGGAAUAAGCUAUUCAGCCUCACCAUCAAGUUCAUGUUUGUAAAGAACAAUUAUUUGCACGAGGUGUCUAGUCCUGUGCUUUUGGGACCAAAAUCUAACACCAGUCUGUGGCUCAAGGUGAACCUUUAUACAUAAAAAUUGUUUAAACAAUAUUUACUGGUUAAUAUCAAUAUGCAGUUUGAUUAUUGGCAUUCUGUAUCCACGUCUGUUUUUGCAUAAUUCUUGUAUAAUUAGCAUACUUGUACAUUUUCUUGUGUAAAUAAAGC